GACCACAUACGCUGCCCGUCGCCUCUGACGACGUCAAGGAUUUGCUCUUGAGCGCCACCCACACCUUCAUCGUCGUCCAUCUGCACAUAGGAAGCCUCCGAAGAUGCACUCAGAUGCAUUCGAUGUGAUUCCUUUCGAGGAUAUUAAGGGCGAGUGGAAGAAGUUGGGAUCUGGCUCGUUCGGCAAUGUGUACAAGGGGACCUACCUCGGCAUCGAUGUAGCCAUCAAGGAGGUCUUGCCCUCGACGGAUUACGAUGUCGCAAAGUACUUUGAGCGCGAAUGGCGGCUCAUGAAGGAGACGCGGCACCCUAAUGCUGUGCUAUUCAUCGGUCUCAGUCGCGCACCUGAGCCGGAUAACCGCAUCUUCAUUGUUUCCGAGUUUGUCGACGGCGGUAACCUCCGCCUCUACAUCCACAACAAAAGCAAGCCCUUCUCGUGGAACAUCCGCAUCUCCUUCGCGACCGACAUCGCGCGCGCGCUCGCCUACCUCCACGCGCGUCGCUGCAUCCACCGCGACCUCAAGGGCGAGAACCUGCUCAUCACCUCAAACGGUCGCGUCAAGAUCACCGACUUUGGCUUCGCGCGCAUCGCAGCGCGCAACGAGGAGGAGAGCAAGCGCCUGACGUUCUGCGGCACGGACUCGUACAUGUCCCCGGAGAUCCUCCUGGGCGACGAAUUUGACCUCCCGACGGAUAUCUAUUCGUUCGGGAUUAUCUUAUGCGAGAUUGCGGCGAGGAAGCUCGCGGACGAUCAUACGUUCAAGCGAACGCCGCCGACGUUUGGCAUCGACGAAGACGAGGUGCGCAAGCUUGCCAGCCCGGGGUGUCCGCCGGACUUUGUGCAGCUGGCGCUGGACUGUUUAGCGUUCGAGCCGAAGGCGAGACCGACGACGAAGGAUAUUUUGGCGCGACUUAGGGUCAUUGAGGCGGAGGUUCUCGCGAGGCCGAACGAGGGGGAGGACGUGCAUGUCGGCAGCGUCAAGUUUGCGACAGGCGGGAAGAGGCCUGGUCCGGGGCCGAGGAUACCCAGCUUUGGGAUGGGAGUUGGCAAGGAUAUCCGCAACAGUGGCGCCUCGUCGGACGACAGCGAUGACGAUGACCUUAUGGAGGCGAUUUCGGGGCUUUCCACUAUAGGACUCAACAGUGAGCUGCUUCGAGUGUUAGAUAGAACAGCAUACUCAUUCUCUCCUUCUAGGCCACGAGCCCCUUCUCACCCAGCACGAGAAAGAGGGCACGGACGGAACCGAGUACAGCACAACCGUCAUUCGCGCCCACCCGCACCAAGCCAGCGACGUACCGCCCUCACUAUCCUCCAUCCUCACUAUUCGUCCAGAGGACCCGAAUGGGACGCAGCGCGUAAACCUGCCAGAGGAAGAUCCCCUAGGAAACUCAGACCUUGACUCAACGGGCUCGGCAAUCCAUGCUCAAAACGGCUCGUCCGGCGACCCCCUCGGCACGUCCUCCCUCAUGUCCAUCGCGACCCUCGACUCGUACCACACCGCGGCGGGCGGCUCGUCGAUCAUCGCAGGUGGCGC